AUGCAACGCUGGGUCGCGCUCGUGGCGUGGCGCCACCGCGUGCUGCAGAAAAAACUCAAGCGCGACCCGCUCCGUGCAAAAGAAGACGACAAAGACUGGCUCUUCCUGCUCGAGCAUCGACUGCUCCUGCAUGCAGUCGUGCUCUCGACAGACAACACGCAGAGCGCGUGCAGCGACCGUCGGCGACGAUGGAUGCAAGCGCUUCUGGAUGCAGGCGACGCAAACGUCCACGGCCUCGACCGCCAGCAACGAACGCUCCUGCACCACGCCGUGCUGCAAAACUGGGGCAUUGACGACAUUGCGUGGGUCGUCAAGCUGUUUCCAGGCGCGGCCGGUGCUAAAGACUGCGAUGGGUUCGCGCCCAUCACGUACGCAACGUUGCGCGGGUGCUGCGACGAGGUCAUUCUGCAAAUGGCCAUCGCCGUGGCUAAAGCCGUAUACGCUGACGCCUCGCAGAGCUUUGACGAUGGCAACUACGAAGGCUGCAAGCGGCUCCUGGCGACCGCGACGAAAGAAGCGCUCUCGGCAGUGCCCCACUUUGACUAUGCCCGCGUGCAGGCGGCGCUCUUGCUCGAGGCCAAAUCGGCGAGCGUCGAGCUCCUCGAGUACUGGGCUGGCUUCAUUGCUCUCUGGGGCUACUUUGACCCACCGGAAAUCAUUGAAGACUUGACGCCUAAGCGACGCGUGGCGCUCGGGUCGCACGUCGCGCUAAUAGUUGCGGCCAAGGGCGAGCCGCUCUCCUACCAAUGGUACUGCGGCGACGAUGUACUCGCAGGCUGCACGAGCGCGACGCUCGACGUCACCGACAGCGCGGCACCGGAAGACGAAGGCCAGUACUGGUGCCGCAUCACGAAUUGGCGCGGCGGCGUCUGCUCGUCCAUGCUGACGUUGCUCGUGCACGAUGACACGGUGGUUGUCGACCCGAGCACGCGCUAUUACAUUCCAAAAGACUUGCGGCGCGGCGCGUACUUUAACGUGAUUGGCAACACGGGCGCGGUCCUCGAGCACGGCGGCGUGCAGCUGCUCGUGCCGCCGGGAAGCUUCCGCGUCGUCGAUCUGUACGACUCCGACUUGGCGAGUACGCGCGGCAUGGACGUGUGCAUGCACGUGACAACGACCGCACCCGAGGUCGUGCAGCAACCGCUUGACGAAGACUUUCGGGUCCUUGUGAGUCCUCUUGUCGCACUUUGUCCGACCGAGCUCGAUGCAUUUUUGACACCAUGGACUCUGCGAUUGCCACAUAGCGCAGCCUCAGACACGAUGGAUCUUCUCGUAUUGGAGCUCGUCGUCAUCGACCUCGAUGGCAACCACGCAUUCCGGCACGUUCCUGCAUCGCACUGCCGACUGCACGAGACUUAUGUCGACGUUGAUGUGCUCGCGCUCGGGACGUUUGCAGUCGCUCAACGUGCGCGCCACGAUGAGCAGCCCAAACAACGGAUGUCACUGGCGCUGCUUAUCCCGCCGGUCCUGUCCACGGGUCCGUCGUUGAGCGUGAACGUUCACGCGUGGGUCUUCCCGACCCGGCUGGACGCGACCGAGGCGAUGGCGACCAUGCUCGCAGCGGACGCGGACGACGUCGUGCUGCUUGACACGCUCUCCAUUGAGGUGCGCGGCCCAAGUAUGAAGGCGCAUCUUCGCUUCAACCGCGAGACCUUGACGGGCAGCAUCGGUGGCGGCAGUCUUCUCGAGUACGUCGGUGUCGUCCCGCUCCAGCUCGAUACGGCCGAGUCGUGCGCCAUGCGUGGCUUUAUGCUUGUGGCCAAGGCUUUCGAAGCCGGCCUUUACCGCAAACUUGUGCGCGAGCGCUCGUACGACGCCGUGGUGCUGCUGCCCGUCACGUCAACACCAUGUGAGGGCCCGACGCAGGCGCGGCUCUUGCGGCACAACCCGUUUGGCAUCCAAGUGUCGUGGGCGAGCCCGGUACAGAAUGCGUCGUCGCUGCCGAGCACCGUUCUCGUCGAGCUCGCACCAUUCUCCAAGACGUUCUGGGACCGGUACAAGGACAUUUGGUGGUUUGAGAGAGGACACCUCUCGAUCGUACAGCGGCUAUACCGUGUCGUGCACCGUGGCUCCACGAGUGACGAGCCGACGACUUUCAUAUUUUCGGAUGUUCACGCAGCCGCGCUGCGUGUGACAAUCGUCAACCAAGACCACGUCGGCACGUACUGCCCGCCCGUGCUCCUGACGCCAGACACAUUGGACAAGGACGACGACGACGACCCACUCUUGACAGGGGCCGCGGUACCUGUCGACGCGCAUGUGUCACCGUCGCUGCGCGCCAACCAGCGUGCGCUUCUCGCUCUCGUCCAAAAUGUCUAUGGCAGCCGCGAUUUGGUCGAUUGGUUUGGCGUUGACGCUGCGAGCCUACUCGCAUGGCUCGAUGCGCAAAAGCUCGUACUGCGGACGACACAGUACAGCGUCGCGCUGCUUCUCGCAGGCCUCCAGCGACUCGAAGCGCUCGCGGCGAACGUUCCUUGCCACCGCGCACCGACUUGUUUCUUUGUCCGAGUGUUUAGUCGCCUUCAGCGCGUUCUGCCUGCUCUGGACGCACAGCUAUCGAGCGACGAGUCGGCGAACACAGAGGCCCUCGUGCUCCUCUUGCAUCGCACGCUCCAUUCGCUCUUUACUACGGUGUACAACUGCGUAGCGCCCGGAUGGCUCGCGACCUUUCUCAUCUCGGAGACCGCCAGCGUGGCGUCGACGCUGGCGCGUGCGCUCGAAGACCUCGCGUCGACCUGCGAUACCCAUGCGUUCUUUGGUCCCGUGCCCGAGCUACUAAUGCUGUUUGCGACAGCCCGCGAGACGUACGUGGCCCAGCUCGUGAUGGACAAGGACGAGCUCCGGCGACAGCACGCAUGGAGUCUGCUGCGGUCGCCGACUUUGUCGAUGCCUGUGGCGGCGACGUACCUGAGCGCCCUCUUCCAGAGAGAGGAUGUGCUGGCCGAGCUCCAGCGCGCGGACGCGAUGGCCGAGGCGCAUGCGAUCGCGAUUGAGCGCAACACGCUCGCUUCGCGCAUCUUGCAUCUGUACCCGAGCGACAAGGACGCCGUCGAGUACACGGUGCACGUGGUCGUGCGCUUCGGUGGCGAUGUCAUCGACGUCGACUGCCUCCGCGUCAUCACGGUCAAGAACGCGACGCUGGGUGUGCGCGUGAACGGCGCCGUGGCCUUUGACCCGCUGUCGCGCACCGCGACCUUUGUGCCCACGGUACCUCUGGAGGCGCGGUCGACCUUCAAGCUCAAGCUGCGCGCCGAGGCCAUCACGUCCUGGCUGGGGCCGCUGACGUCGACGCUCAAAGUAUCGUUUUCGACCAAGCCCAAAUAA